AUGAUCUGUCAAAAAUCUCAAUCCGCCGCCUCCCACCCUGCCAUGGCGCCUUUCAUUCGAAAUACUUUCUCCAUCCCUGCAGGGGUGGAGGGAGCUGAGAGAUUAGUGAUGUGGAGUUAUAUUCCGAAAGACUUGGCUUAUUCUGAUGGAGCCUCGCCUGUCAUCAUCAUGGCAAAUGGCCUUGCCCUCCCGAGGUCUGCUGGACUACCGCAUAUCGCGGCACGGUUUGCUACUGCUGGAUACACUGUCCUGUUGUUUGAUUUUCGACAUCUCGGUGAUUCAACUGGCCAACCAAGGCAGUUAGUCUCUUCGGUGACUCAACUGGAAGACUAUAUAACUGUUUUACGUUUCGUGACCGAUCCCGACACUCAUGCGCAAUUUCUGUCUCGAAAGAUACCUUCUAGUAAGGUUGUUCUAUGGGGCUGGAGUAAUUCUGGAGGACACGUUGCGAAACUGGCAACCCAGGCGGAUAAACUACCGAUAUCCGCUGUAAUUGCACUCGACCCCUUGUGCGACGGCCGAACAAACUUCCUACAUCACGUGCGGAAUUACCCUCUGGGUCUAGCGCGUAUAGGGCAUUGGGUACUUGGAGAUUUCCUACUCUCAAUUUUCCCAGUUCUCAAUAAGCACACCAGUUUGCGAGUGCCAGCGUUUGGCCGAGGGGGUAUCUUGAGCUCGGAAGAAGCAGAGGAGGGCUUCCGUAUGUUGAACUCCGACGUAAGAGAAAACGAGGGUGCUACGCAUGAACUUGGAAAUUGUGGAUUCGGAAAAGGACCCAAGUUGAUUAACGAAAUUGCGGCCCGGUAUGGUUUCGAGGUGCUCUCUCAGCGUUGUAAUGGUACCGAAGUUAAAUGCCCGAUCUUAGUAUCCUGGGCACAGGAUGAUGGCGAUAGCCUUAUCACUAGCAAAAUUCCCCGACGCUUUGCCGAGGAUUGUCUUAAGGCCGAGAACUCCCGGGUUUCAGCCGACAUUCACGAACACAAGGGCGACCAUUUCGGUUUACAUUUUGGAGGGGCCGGAUUUGAGGCCGGAAUCGAAAAACAGCUGCAAUUUUUGCAGAGUGUCUUUGGAUCAUCGCAGUCGGAAACGAAAGAGUCAAAAUUAAAUAACUAA